CACUUCAAGGCUCAAAUUCUUGAUUGACAUUCUUGAUGAAGGGUCACACCCUUCAAGGUUCACUUCUUCAUCAACCUAUAUAGCGCAUUGGCUAAACUAUGACGCUGGGAAUCCUCGUGCUUCUUUACUGGACGUGUGUGACAUGCAUGUGCAGUGCGGACGAUGUGGCGGGCUCGACAAACUUGGCACUGGGCCUCUUCCAGCAGCUUUCGGCUGACACCUCGGACAACGUUCUCUUCUCUCCUUUCGGCGUAUCUGUGUUGCUGGAAAUCCUUUCAGCCGGUACCAAAGGAGACACAGGCAAAGAGAUUGAGAGUGCGUUCGGCUCCGAUACAGCCGCAGUGAAACGAGACAUCGAGAGCGCGUUCAAAGAAAUGUGCUCAAGCGCGCCGAGUUCCGGUCGGAAAUCCCCUAUGUCGCUGGGAAAUCUGCUCGCGGUGAAGAAGGGCUUAAAGUCAAAACUUCUGCCCCAGUUCCUGAAGUUUCUUAAGGACGGUGGACCUUUCUCUACAUUAGUGGAUGAGCUGGACGACAAUCUGGCCAACAGGUCGAACAACUGGGUCAGUAACCAGACGAAAGGUCAAAUAACCAAAAUACUGGACGGCGACAGCACUGAGGACGAUGCGAAGAUGCUCCUACUGAACGCCAUACACUUCAAGGGCGACUGGAAGGAGAAGUUUGAGAAACAGCUCGCUUACAACGGUACAUUCAAGAACUACGGCGGCAGUGACACGCCGACAAUGUUUAUGUUCAAGAGAAGGCACUUCGAAUACGCGCUGGAUGCCACCUUGAAGACGCACGUGAUCUCGCUACCUUACAGGGACGUCAAAGCGCGGUUCGUCCUCUUGGUUCCACUCAAGCGCGCCGGAGCUCAGACGCUGGCAAGCCUCCUGACCGCUUCCGAAUGGAAUCGCAUCCUGGGAACGUUGAGAAACACGAGCGUAGCCCUGUCGAUGCCGAAAUUCGACCUCUCCAAGAAGUACAACCUCAUGAAGCCGUUGCAGUACCUUGGUAUCAAAAAGAUAUUCACUGACAAGGCCGAUCUUUCUGGCAUGAUGGGGACGGGUGACCUCUUCGUCUCCGCGAUCGAACAGGUUUCGAAGCUGAGGCUGGACGAAGAAGGAAGCGAGGCUGACAGCGCGACGUUGUUGAGGAUCUCGGGAAAGGCGGCCGAAGAAGGAGAGUCGGUCGUCGCCGAUCACCCGUUCAUAUUCGCGGUGACGGCCGGGAGACGGGACGACAUUCUGUUCAUGGGACAAGUCAACAAGCUACCCGUAACGUGAUGCUCGUUCGCGAGUGACAGUGAACUUUCUCGCACCGUACACUCUCAGAUCUGAUUAAAGUGUUCACGGCGCCCCGUCCCAGCAGGGAGCUUGGCAUGGGAGAGACGCAAGCCCUUGCCGAAGGUGAAACCUCGUGAGAAGCGAAACACUCCUGGUUUCGUUUUGGGCUCAGUCUCGUGCCGUUCUUUACCCCUCUAUAAUCGAACAAUGAAAGUCGUAUCAGGGUCCUUCAAUGCCUACUUUUCGGAAAGUAUCGAAGGAUCCUAGUUGUACUUUAGGCAUAUCGCAAGCAGCAUGUCCGCAAAGUGCGCUUAUGACUCUCGUGCUGAUCUGACUAAAAAAAAAAAGAAAAGCCAUCGUGGAAUUGUCUCAGCUAUCUGCGCCACCUCAUUUGCCAGCAGGACAAAGAAAAGCUUCGUUUAUUCGCAAUGAAACGCGACCGCCAACGGUGUCUUUUGAAAACUCUGUUUACUGUGACAGUCAAAACGGCGGCGGAA